AUAUUUUUAUAUUGAUCAUGUCUUGUUAGCCAUUUAUCAGAAAAAAAAUAUUCUGUCGAUAUAUAUUCGGUGCUUGAUUCUGUUUAUAUUGUGUGUUGCGUUUUUUUCCACAUUUCUAAAGACCACCACUAUUUUUUCCACUAUUUUAUUACAAAUAUAUUCUAGUCAUGAAUAAUUGGUUAUUGAAAAUAUCAAGUAUCUUAAAUUUUAAUCAUCAUUAUAAUCAUCGAUAUAUUUUAAAUAAUAUCGAAAAAAUUAAAUCAAGAAUCAUGUCAACCAAUCGCUAUGAUCAUACCACCACCACCACUAUUAACAAAAAUUUAAAUAAUCAUAAUAAUAAUAAUAAAAUUGCAAAUGCUAUUGUUGUUUGUGGACCAUCCGGUUCGGGUAAAACUACAUUACUUAAUAUGUUAUUCGAACAUUUUAAAAAUGAACUUAAAUUUUCUAUAUCACACACGACCAGAAAAUCAAGACCAAAUGAAAUAAAUGGAAAAUCCUAUUAUUUUGUUGAUCGUUCAACAUUCGAACAAAUGAUUACCAACAAAGAAUUUGUUGAAUAUUCACAAUUUUCAGGAAAUUAUUAUGGAACCAGUAUUCAAGAAUUGAUUGCCAAUGAAAAAAGUGGUCUUUUAUCUGUUCUUGAUGUCGAUAUACGCGGUGUGAUCAAUUUGCAGAAAAAUAAUAUUCUUAAGGCUAAGUAUAUUUUUAUUAAAACUCCAACCUUACAAUUUCUGGAAUCAAAUCUACGAAAACGUGGUACCGAAACUGAUGACAGUAUUAGUGUUCGAUUAAAACAUGCGGCUGAAGAUUUAAAACAAGCAGAAACAUUACAUUUUGAUCUCAUAAUAGAAAAUAUUGUUCUUAAUGAUUCAUUUGAAAAAUUACGACAAUUCGUCCAAUCGGAGCUGACACGAUUCAAAGAAAGUCAAAAAACAAAGUUGUAAAUAGUCAUCAUUAUCGUAAAUGAUGGGGGAUAACAUUUUUUUUAUUCUAACAUUUUGUAUCAAAAUUCUAAAAAAAAAUUUUAUUUAAAAAGAUUAUC